UGCCCGAGCCUCAGCCCGGGGCUGCCCGAGAGGGAGGGGCCGGAGCAGGGACGCUCCAAUCAGCCGGAGCCUGGCCACUGCCUCGCACAACCGGAUCAGCAUUCCGCCUGGACUCUGCCAUGGACGGGACCGGAGCGCCGAGUGCAGUCCGAGACACCACCGUUCGCUGAGUAUGAGUGGCCACAGGCCUGCCCCCCCCCGGGGCAGCUCAUCCCUGGAGGCAAAAUCAGGUGCGAGGGUGCAUAUGGCACCCCAGGGUGCGCCACCUACCUCCCCUGACCCCCCUUCCACGGACCCAGAGCGGAGCACACGCUGCACCAUACUCACCUACUUCACUGGAGACAUCAACAGCAUGGUGGACGAGCACUUCUCCCGAGCACUGAACCGUGCAAAGACACCCGCCAUCGCCGGGGCCAAGAGGAAGGCAGACAGCAUUGAGAGCCGAGCAGGCGAGGAGAUGCCAGCCCCGUGGCCUCCGGCCGGUCUCUGGCCACACCCGUACCUGGGUCCCCCACCACCCGCCGCCCGGACCGCGGGACCGACACCCAGCGACUACCAGCCGGGGCUGCGGGCCGGGACCUGGCUACUCCCGGGCGGCCAGCACGUGUACCCGGCGCCCGCCGACCCCGAGCGCCGCUACAGCCCGCUGCUGGUGCGGAUCCCGGGACAGAACCGGGCUCCCCCGCCCCGACCCAAGGUAACUGGCCCCGCCACCUGGACCGCCACCCCGCCCGGACUCCCCAGCGCCCCGGGGGCGGCGGCGGCGCCGAGACCCGAAAGGUGGAGCAGCGAUGAAGGUUUGGAACGACAGGAGCUUCAGGGAGACAUUUAUUGGUAUUAGCGCCUCUCCCGACUCCCGCCUCGUCCGGCCCUAGUGCCCGGGCUGCGGUCCCCGAACUGAAGGCACCGUGUGCGGACUGCCCCACCACUCAACGCACAGUUAGGAAGUCACCGUCUCUCGCUCCAGGUCGGAUCUACAUCUGGGACCUUCAGGGAACCUGGCGCGGGCAACAGCUUCCAGCGGCGGCACGGAUCCCGAUUGACUCGACCCACACCGCAGGCAACACCGGCGAUGGCACGGACAGCUCACCAGGGGGAGGGAGGAGUGGAGCUGGGGAAGUCCGGACUCGGGGUCCGGGCAGGCAGCGGAGGCAUGGCCACCAUCGCAGAUGUGACGGGAAUAGGCGGACAAUUCAGUAACUGGAGCCGGAGGAAGAGGCGACCCUGUAUAUGUAGGGAGUGAGAGAGACGGGGAGGGUGGGUCACAGAGAAAGAUGGGUGUUGUGAGUUACCCUCGACCGGGAGGGGGUGUAGGGGCCGGGGGUU